AUGUCUUUUAUUGAGUUUUUAAGUCGUAUACUUGAUCUGAUCAGAUAUACAGAUUUAGAAGAAAGACAACGAAAGUAUGAGGGAAGGUGGUGGAAAGCUGGCCGUAAUGGUUUAUAUAUUGAGGCAAAGUUGCAUAUACACCCUUCGAGGAAUUUAGGUGGUGGAAAGUUGGCCGUGGUGGCUAGCUUGUGGUUUCCUCAAUGA